GAUCAGUUGUAAACUUCCCGCGGUGAGGAGAGGUGUGUUCGCGCACUCCUGUGCUGGAUUUGUGCUUCAUCGUAGCAAAGUGCUGUGAAAAGUGUCGUGAUCGCAAAAAACCGUCGGGAGAAUAUUACCAUGACGUGUUACCUGAACGAAGACGUGUCCUAAGUGAAACGUAUCCACUGUGCGAGUGAUUAUUACCUGUGGCUUGGAGACGCACGGCGCUUACCUGUCCCGCGGACAAAAUGGGGGAGGACUCGGGCAGCCGGCGGCUUCAGGAGCGGGAGAACCUGAGGCACAUCAUACAGCAGUGGAACGCCAAUAGACUCGACCUGUUUGAGAUCUCCGAGCCCAAUGAGGAUCUGGAGUUCCACGGGGUGAUGCGCUUCUAUUUCCAAGACUCCGGGCAGAAGGUGGCCACCAAGUGUAUCCGCGUCGGCAGCACAGCAACGGCGCGCUACGUGAUCGAGACCCUGGUGGAGAAGUUUAGGCCAGACAUGCGCAUGCUUUCCAUCCCCGAGUAUGCCUUGUACGAGAUCCACGAGAACGGAGAUGAGAGGCGGCUGGCUGAGGAUGAAAAGCCACUCUUGGUGCAGCUCAACUGGAAUAAGGAUGACCGCGAGGGCCGCUUCCUACUCCGCAGGAUGGAUCUCUACAAUUCCAUCGGCUCUUUGCACCAUAGCAACCACUCAAUGGUGCACACAUUGCCUCCACACCCAACCACACCAGUACCUUCCAAGGAACAGCCAUUCCAGCGUAAACUCUCCAAGCGGGAAAAGAAAGAACUCAAGAAACAGGAGAAGCUCAGGCGGGCCAAUGAGGCCAAUGAAAAUGACAGCUCAGUGGCGGAAAAACUGUACACAGAGCUCCCAGAGACUAGUUUCACACGCAGCAUCAGCAACCCUGAGGCGGUGAUGAGACGCAGGCGAGCACAGAAGCUAGAAAAGAAACUGCAGCAGUUCAGGAGUAAGGACGGAGGUCCGGACACCGGUGGCACUCUCAAGAUUUAUGGUGAAUCUCUACGACCAGAUGUGCCUUACAAGACUCUUCUGCUGUCUGUUCGAGACAAUGCUCUCACAGUGGUUAGGGAAAUGUUGGACAAGUAUGGGCUCCAUAGGGAGGAUCCUGUCAACUACUGUCUCAUGCAGACUGUGACAGGCAAUGAUGAUGGCUAUGGGAGAGCCAUGUCCCCACAGAAGGAGUACAUCCUGGAUGAUGAUGAGUGUCCUUUGGCUAUCCUCAUGAAUCAUCCACCAUCCAGAGGCUCCAUCAUGUUCCACGUGCGGCGCCGUCCGGCAGACCACGGGCCGCGCAAACGCAAGAAGAAGCCUGUGAAGGGCGCGGGUGGUGGUCAUGGCGGCGACCACGACCAUCACCGCCCGCGGGAUCCUCACUUUCUACCCGACAGGCUGCCCUUCCUCAUCGAACUGGGCCCAGACGGGUCGGAGCUGGGCGGCACGGGGCGGCAGCACCAGCUUCACCUCAACGUGACGGAGGUUGGCACAGACCGCAGCACACACACCGGGGGACAGUCCCUGCAGCUGUUCGGGCCCUCCAUCCAGCCACGCCACUGCGUCAUCGCCCACACAGAGGGCAUCGUUACCGUGACGCCCUGUUCCCGUGAUGCUGACACCUUCGUCAACGGUCAGCGCAUCUAUGAAACCACCAUCCUGCAGCAUGGGUGCAUUGUGAGGUUUGGCCGCAUCUACAACUUCCGCUUCUUGGACCCCCAGCAGGAUGACCGCAUGAGACAGCACCAUCUCAUAGACAGCUCUCGGACCAUGCGCCGGCUCCCCAUAGGCAACUAUGAACGGUAUCCCCCCCCAAGGGACCCCAUCCUCCCUGCUGUGCUGGAGUUCAGGGAGGAGAGUGAAGAUGGCUUCCUGCACUCCAUCACUACUGAUCUGGACCCUACAGACAUCCAGUUCAAGCUUGCACCAACCUAUACUCUUUACAUGGCAGCUAGGUUCAGGGCAUCAACACACUAUCGGCCAGACCUGAGCCCUACUGAACGUGCUCACCGACUCACAGAGAUGCUCACCAAGGUGGCAGCAAUGGUGCAGAAUGUGAUCCAUUCUCGGUACGGUGAUCCAACGUCCCUUGCCUUCUGGAUGGCCAAUGCCUCAGAGCUGUUGCACUUCCUGAAGCAAGAUAGGCACAUAUGUGGCUACUCCAGCGAUGCUCAAGACAUUCUGGCAGAGGCAGUACAGGUUGCUUUCAGGAGCUUGGUGGACUGUAUGCAGGCAGAACUCUCCACAUCACUGCCCAUGUUCCUGGAGGACCGGGAUGAUAUCAAUGAGGAGGAAGGAUCAACAGCUCAUGUGCUCUCCAUCCUCACCAACACCAUGGCUCUGCUGCGCCGGUGCAGAGUCAAUGCAGCGCUCACCAUCCAGCUCUUCUCACAACUUUUCCACUUCAUCAACAUGUGGGUCUUCAACCGCAUUGUGGUUGACUCUCAUCCCAACUACUGCACUCGGGUGUGGGGUGUGAGACUUAAACGCCGGCUUGCCCGCAUUGAGCUGUGGGCCGAGAAGCAGGGGCUAGAGCUGGCUGCAGACUGCCACUUGGCCAGACUCUCCCAGGCUGCUAUGUUACUUCACUCACAAAAGUCUGCCCCAGAUGAUAUUGCCACCAUUUCCUCCACUUGUUUCAAGCUCAACUCCCUACAGCUCCGAGCAUUGCUGGAGAAGUACCAGCCAACACCGGAUGAGCCAAAGAUUCCUCAGGACCUCAUAGACAAUGUGGUGGCUGUGGCUGAAAGUACUGCUGAUGGCCUGGCCAGGGAGGAUGGCCGUGAGGUUCGUCUGGAAGAGGAGACAGAUCUACAGCUUCCUUUCCUGCUCCCAGAGGACGGUUACUCCUGUGACAUUGUGCGGGGUGUUCCCUCGGGCCUGGCAGAGUUCCUCAACCCACUGCAGCAUGGUGGACUAUGCAACAUGAACCCUCAGCCCACCUCCUCUGGCUACUGGACCAUCUACAUGCAUGAACAGGAUUCUCGCCCUCCACCUGGGCCUCGCAGCCCCAGCGUGAUGAGCAAUCGGUCCAUGUCCAUCCCACGUGGCGAGCCUGAGAUUCACGUCAUUCAGCUGCACAAGUCUAACAAUGGCAUGGGGCUGUCCAUCGUGGCCACCAAGGGCGUGAACCAGGACAAGCUGGGCAUCUACAUCAAGAGUGUCGUGCCAGGCGGAGCAGCGGACCAGGACGGGCGACUACAGGCGGGCGACCAGCUGUUGUCCGUGGAUGGCAAGUCGCUGAUCGGCAUCACACAGGAGCGUGCAGCAGAGUACAUGAUGGAGACAGGCCCUGUGGUGACCCUGGAGGUGGCACGCCAGGGAGCCAUCUACCAUGGCCUGGCCACCAUCCUCUCACAGCCCUCACCACAUGCUAACCGAGCAUCACUGCGGAAGACGCAGCAGCGAGUGGAGGACGUCCCUCGCACUGCCAUGACUAACAGCCACUCGACACCUAACAUGGGCGGCUACAACGAGCGGCUGGUGGACUGGAACCAGCCCCCACGCCAGCACCCCAUUCCUCCCACCUCCUCCCACAGCUCCCUGAUGGCCAGGUCUAGCCCCAAUCUGGCAGCUCAACCAGAAGGUUACCCUGGCGGGCGGCACUUGAGUGAGCGAGACCUGCCAUCAAAAGUGCUGGAGCAUGGCCAGGACACCCCUGCACCCUCACACCUCCACCAGGGCCCUCGCAUUCAAGCCUCCAAGUCGGUUCCUUCUCUCAAUAGUGAAGUUAAUAGCCACAUGGGUGGUAAGCCAGCAUCCUUGGAGGUGUUCAACCCUGCCUAUUCUCGCACUUCCUCCAACACUUCCCUCUCACAACCCCCCAACUCCCACCAUCUCCACCAUCAACACCAACAGCAGCAACAGCAACAGCAGCAACAGCAGCAGCAACAACAGCAACAACAACAGCAGCAGCAGCAGCAGCAGCAGCAGCAGCAGCAGCAGCAGCUGCAGCCACAGCAGCAGCAGCAGCAGCAGCAUCAGCCACCAGUGCUCCCACAUCACCAUCAGUCUCACCAGCAGUAUCACCCACCACUCAGAUCCAGGUCAACACAAAACCUUAGUGAAGGGAACUACCAUGUUGGUGUGGGCCGUCAUCCAAGCAACCCCAGCCUGCUGGAACGUACCCCUGGCUCAGCAGCGGAGGAGGAGCGCUACUACCAAAACAUUACCUUCCACCAAGGGCCACAAGACCCUCGCAUGGGAUCUACCCGCACCCGUCCUGCUCAGUUGCUGCCCCUUGGUUCACCCACAGGGCAGGCAGAACCACCAGAGCAGGCACGUCCUGAGGCACGACCUGACCACCGCCCAGCUUCUGCCUUCCUCCAGCGUGAGGAAACCCUGACUCACAGGCAAGACCUCCAACGGCCAUCCUCCCAGCGUGACCUACGGGCUGAUGCCAAGAUGAUAGAAAUGACAGAGGAGGUGAGGCGAAGAGAGGAACGGGCACGCCACAAUGGUCACCCACCCUCUGCUGGCCCUGUCCACCCUGUCCGCUCCACUCCUCACCAGUCUGCUCAUCGGGCCCCAGCCAACUUCCCUCACCACAUGCCUCCUGGUCCGUAUUCUCCAGAGAACUAUCCAGGUGGGCCACAGGGCUUCCAUGGUCAGCAGCAGCAACACCCUAACUAUCCACCUCAGACACACCCCCUCAGCCCCAUGGGCGGACACCAGCAGCCACCUCACCAUGGCCACCCUCAAUAUAGUCCUCAUGGGCAAAGCUUGCCUGGCAAACUUCCUCCCCCAACAGCUCCAAAGCCUAAACCUCCUGGAGCCCCAGCUCCUGAUGCACCAGAAAAGCCCUUGCGUCAGUUUGGGUUUGAUGGAAAUGCUCCUGAUGGACCCCCAAGGCCACCUCCUCCUGAGGAUGGGUACAGGGACUCUCCUCCACCUCCACCACCUCCCACUUCCACUCAUCCUCUUUUGCAAGGUAGCCGGCCAGGCUCUAGUGUAGGGUUUGCUGGUCAGCUGUCCACAAAAUCAGCCUUUAACAAGACCAGUCCCUGGGAUAGGGAACAGAAAGAACUGCAUGAACAGAGGCGACGUGAGGCAGCACGGCACUGGCGAGAUGAACAGAUAAAUUCCCUGGAAGGUUUGGAGGUGCGCACGUCCCAGCAGGAUGAGCGGCUUCGCACCUUGCGCCUGGAGAGGGAGUUCCAGCGACGUGCAGAGGAGGCACUCACCAAUGAGGAGGAUGAUGAUGAUGAUGAAGAGGAGGAGCAUGAAGACAAACACGAGGAGGAUGAUGGUGAUAAUGUAAGGGGUGGGAGAGAGGGAGAGCCAGUGCCGGCCCACAGACGUGCUUCUGAGAGUGGCCGUGUGACAUCUGGUGGCACCUUGGAACCCCGCAUGAAUGGUGGUGGUCCACCUGAUGAGGAGCGUGCCCGCAAGGUGGAUGAAAUUCGCAGAAAACAGCAAGAGCUGGAGGCUACCAAGGAGGCUGAGGAGCGGCUCCUGAGGGAAGCACAGAGGCGACAGCAAGAGGAACAGAUGCGUCGGUUCCAGCAGCAGCAGCAGCAGCAACAGCAGGAACAGCUACAACAACAGCAGCAGCAAGGGCCAGUGCACCACUACCAACACCAGCACCAUGCCAGUCAGCGCCUAGACUCCCUGGUGGCAGCACCACACAUUCCUCAGUACAGCAAUGGCUUGCGGGGACAGCAUGGCUUUCCUGAUCAGACAGGCACUGGAGAAGGCAGCCAUCGCUAUGAUCCAAUGGCCAGUCGCCCACAACACAGUCCUGUACCACCAGAGAGAGGCUCUUCCUACUCAGUGAUGCAGCAGCAGCAGAGUAGCAUGACCCCUGCUCCUAACAAUCGCUUCAAAGGACCUGAUGGACCACCAGCCACUGUCAAACGUGUUCAGUUCUCAGAGACCACCAACACUGACACUCACAUUACCUAUGACAACAAUGCCAACCAGGAGAAGGUGCCUCGACAGGAUCCAAAUCACCUCAGACGAGUCCUCCCUAAGAACUUCAUCAAUGAAGCUGAAACCAUGUUGAAUUCAUCACCUACACGUAAUGUCAGUGGGAGCACCCCAGGUGUGAUUGGAGCACAAGAGGUGUACAGGGAUCCCCGCAUGAAGAGGCUACAACAGAAACAAGCUGAGCAGGCAGCUGCCAAGAAUCCAGGACCCGAGAAACUCACAUUUAAGGAGAAAAUGAAGAUGUUUGCUAUGGAGACUGGAGAGGCAGAGACACCCAAGGACAAGGUGAAAAUUAGCCGAGCACAGAGAGAAAUUGAGCAUUGAGGGCAAGACAGGAAGGGGGGAGCUUGAUGAAAAUGUUUUAGUUAAUUUGGUUGAUUUUGAAAAUGAGAUGUUACUCAGCCAAUUAUUUCUCAUACAUAUCAACAGCACAGGAAGGUUAUAAAUAUAUAUAUAUACAUAUAUAUAUAAUGUAUAUGCUUCCAGUAUAGUUAUACUUUACUAUAUUGUUUCCUGGCUCACUUCAAACCAAUAAUCGGUGUAUAUUUCAGUGCUUCACGUGAGCCAUUGGGUUCCUUUGGCAACACUGGCAGCUAAAUCAAGUGGACAAGACCUAGUGUGUUGCUGUAAAUGAAUGAGGAAGUAGCAUUUCAUACUCACAUAUCAGUAUGAGUACAAAAUGUACAGAAAAUGUAAUUUCGUGCUCCAGUGGCUGUAUUGGUACAGCUGGCAACACAUGAUAAAUCACCCCACAUAAUUAUUGCCCUCAGCCUACACGGACAAGUUGGUGUGUCACAAUAUAAAUAUAUAAUGAGAGUUAGCUUAGAUAACACCUUUAUAUCCAUAUGUUUGGCUAUCACCAUGUAUAUAGAGGAGGAGGGGGCAGGUAGCCAGGCACCACUGCAUACUCACAGAAAUGUAAACCAUGCUUCACUCUCAUCAUUUUAUUCCUGCUUAAAAAGAUUUUAUAAUGUAUUUUUACCAUUUAUGCCAGGAAAAUCUUUGGCCAAAUUGCUAUAAAUGUGUUAGUCUAGGAAUUGUACUGUGUAACUGAGCUAAUUAUGGUAGAGAUCAUCAUGAGUCUAAUGAAUGGGAACACUCAGCUCACCAUCCUAAGACAAAGAGUCAGGAAGUCACAUUAGAUUUUUUUAAAGUAUUGAUGAGAAGAGCAAUGCAGCAUUAUCACCCAAAUGUUACAUUUUUAUGGUCAGUUAAUUGUACUUUUGUUGUACUGAUUUGUUGAAAUGGAAGAGUAGAAAUAUAUAUGUACAUUUAUCAGCUAUUUUAUGAUUAUACUAUGAAGCCAAGUGGGGUUGGCUGGGUUAUGUGGAUAGUGGAUUAGUUGUGUCUGUGAUAAAGGAAGAUCCCAGCCUCUCCACUCAUUUUACACAGUAAAAUCUUAAACAGA